CCAAGCAGUAGGAGUUGAGAAGACUCCCUUGCUUAGAUGUUCUGACAUUACUGUUUUGCUGUAGCAGAAGAGGCUCCACACUUUUCCAUUGUUCUCAGAGCUCAGCCCAGCACAGCCGUUGUGUUGCUUUCCUGUUCCAAAAAGGAAGUGAGAAAUUUCUUCCACGUGUGCGCUGGCACUUGAAUGCUCAGGUUUCACUCCCUAACUGGGAGCUGCCUGUAAUGAGCUCUCAGUGGGGUUUGGAGAGGAGCUUCCAGCUGUGCCAAGAGUUUUUUCAUUUUGUGCCAAAGGAGGAGGGGGAGAAGAAAUCUGCAAAAAGGUGAAAUGUUGAUGGUGCAAAAACUGGUCUAAGGGUCUUGCAGCUGGGAAAAGCAAAAGAAAAGCAGAAGCAGAGGAAGGAAAAAGAAGCCAGGAUGGGAAACUUUUGCCAGAAGCACUGCCCCUGUUUGGAACCUUACAUCCCCUGCUUAUUCUUGGGGACAAAUGAUGAGCAGGAUGACAAAGUGGGCCAAGUCUUCGCCAACCUUGCUGUGGUAAGGCCUGACUUCCAAGCAGGACAGAAAGACCAAGAGCAUAAGAUAAAAGAGAAACCUUUACCUCCGCUGCCUGGCCAGCAUCUAGCGAACAUUUGCACCUUUGUGGCACUGUUUGACUACGACGCUCGCACUGAGGAGGACUUGAGCUUUCGAGCUGGGGAUAAGCUGGAAGUGCUGAAUGCAUCCCAUGAGGGCUGGUGGUAUGCUAGGCUCCUCCUGCCAACGGGGUCAGUCUGUCCCGGACGCAAGCUCGAGGGCUACAUCCCUGCUAACUACAUAGCUGCUGACCAGAGCAUUGAAGCUGAGCCAUGGUUCUUUGGCCCAAUCAAACGAGCAGAUGCUGAGAGACAACUGUCAUACCCUGGAAACCAGGCAGGAGCCUUCCUAAUCCGAGAAAGUGAAAGUCUAAAAGGGGAAUACUCACUCUCAGUUUUUGAUGGUGCAUCUGUGAAGCACUACAGGAUCAGAAAGCUGGAUGAAGGAGGCUUUUUUCUAAGCAGAAGGAAAACUUUCAAAACUCUGAAUGACUUGGUUGACUAUUAUAGCAAGAACAGUGAUGGCCUCUGUGUGAUGCUCGGAAAGCCAUGCCUAAAGGUUCAAAUUCCUGCUACUUUUGAUUUGUCAUAUAAAACUGUUGAUCAGUGGGAGAUAGACCGACAAUCUCUGAAGUUGGUGAAAAAAUUAGGAUCGGGUCAGUUUGGUGAGGUAUGGGAAGGACGGUGGAAUAAUACCACCCCCGUGGCAAUCAAAACAUUAAAACCAGGUUCAAUGGAUCCAAAAGACUUUCUGAGGGAAGCACAAAUAAUGAAGAACUUGAGACAUCCAAAGCUUAUACAACUUUAUGCUGUCUGUACCUUGGAAGACCCAAUUUAUAUUAUUACUGAGCUGAUGAGAUUUGGAAGUCUUCUAGAAUACCUUCAAAAAGAUGGAGGCUCUCAAAUCUUCCUGACACAUCAAGUAGACAUGGCUACUCAGGUGGCUUCUGGGAUGGCAUACCUUGAAUCUCAGAACUAUAUCCAUCGGGAUCUGGCAGCCAGGAAUGUCCUUGUUGGUGAACACAAUGUUUACAAAGUGGCAGACUUUGGACUUGCAAGAGUUUUUAAGGUAGAAAAUGAAAAUGUAUAUGAAGCUAGGACUGAAACAAAACUACCAGUAAAAUGGACAGCCCCGGAGGCGAUUCGCUACAACAGAUUCAGUAUUAAAUCAGAUGUCUGGUCAUUUGGAAUACUUCUGUUUGAAAUAAUCACCUAUGGGAAGAUGCCUUAUGCUGGUAUGCCAGGACACCAGGUGAUCCAGCUGCUGGAUGAUGGGUACAGACUUCCUCAGCCAGAGACCUGCCCAGCACCGCUCUAUGAGAUGAUGUUGCAGUGCUGGAGCGCGGAGGUGGAUGGGCGGCCCACCUUCGAUGCCCUCAGCAAGCAGCUGGAGGGCUACUUUGACACUGAGUCCUAUUCCUAUGCCUAGGCACAGACCAUGGUGAAAGGGACCCCUCAGUGGGCCUUGAAGGACAGGUGGUAGCCAACAUAGAUGACAGAGGGCUGUUGAAUCAGCCUAACCUCAGGCUUCCAGGUUACUUGGGGGUGCUGAGGAAUCCUGGUACAUUUUC